AUUAGAAUGCCCGACUUUCGAUGCAACGCAUCACCACGAGAAUACAAAGAAGCAGACGAGAGCAGUAUCAGCUGAUCAACUUAACCGUAUCAUUGAAUUUCUUUUUGAAGAAGCUAAACGAAACAAUACCUUAUACUGUUCCGAGACGACAGAUUUGAUCUACUGAAUAACGUGCGCCGACAGAAUUAUUGAUCUAUACCACGGAUAACUAACCCAUGCUUCAAAUGUGGCCACUGUCAACAAAUUAUACUUUUUAAUCAUUGAAGCAUUUCAGUUUCUAUAUUUGAUACACAAAUUACACACCUCCGUUGAUACGUGGCAAAAAGACGAAUAGGAAAACCCCCCAAAGGAGGAAAUGAUAUAGGAGGAAAAUUAUCAACUUCAUAGCGUGAGGCGAAUGUAUCCGCAAUUUUCUACUUACAAUGGCAAAGGUAAUAUACGUGACGAACGUUCCAUUAAAAUUUGUUUUCUUAUCGCAUUUGAUAUGUGGAACAUUUUCUGCAAUCCACAUAAACGGGAAAGGAACUACUUUUCCGUAUGAGGUGUACAAACUAUGGCAGCCCUCGUACACGAUCUAUAGACAGUCGCAUGCCCAACUAGAAAUGAAAUACGAUGGUAUCGGAAAUAUAGCUGCGAAAGAAGCCCUCUACCAAAAUGUGGACAUUGAAUACGCCAGCAUUGAGACCAUCAUAACAGCGACGGAGCAAAGUGAACACCCCGAUCUGAUUGAGUUCCCAGUUAUGGCAGGGGCCGUUGCAUUAGGGUAUAAUAUGCAGCUAGAGGAACAACUUAGGCUUUCAAUGGAGCAAAUUGUAGGCAUUUAUAACGGUACUUACACCCACUGGAAUGACACGGUAUUCAAAGAAAACAAUCCAAACAUUACCUUUCCAAAUGAAAAAAUACUUGUUCUUGCAAGAGCCGACAAAUCGGGAUCGACUGAUAUUUUUACGCAUGCGCUAGCGGAAGUAGAUCCAAACUGGAACUCAACGUUCGGUUAUUUCUCGGAAGGAUUAAAUGCAACGGGUCAUCCAUAUAAAUGGGACAUAGAUGUGAUAAGUUACUAUGGAAUGCAAACAGAUGGUAUCAACGGUUUACUUUUAUCAUUCGAGUAUUCAAUAGGAUAUUUAUCCAUUGCCGACGUCCACGAGUGGGUUGUCCACACGGCGCUUGUUAAAAACGACGUCGGAGAGUACCUGUAUCCAAAUUACCAAACCGUUGCAAAGGCCAUGGACUACUUUACUGCUCAGACAGCGGACCUCAAUUUUCCAAUUACUCACGCUUUGAGUUAUGGGUCCUAUCCCAUUGCCGGUUUCACCCAUUUUAUUGUAUAUAAAACAAAUAUGACAGACUGCCUUGCAGCUAAAGAAUUUGUUCGAUAUACUUACUGGGCACUGACGGAUUCUGCCCCUCGCCACGAAUGUGAAAUACUUGGGUUUGCCCCUCUUAAUUUUGAUCUUACAAAUCGUGUGAAAAGAGACGUUUUAGAGCAGAUUUUUUGCAACGGUGAAAAUAUGUGGCAACUUGUCUUAGCAGAUAUUGAGAACGAGGGAAAAGUUGUUGACGAUUCUUGGAAAACGACGGUCUCCAUUGUCGUCCCGAUAGUAUUACUGGUAGUAGGUGUUAUUGGGGGAUAUGUUUUGAUUCAAAGAAUUAGAUAUUAUAGAAUGACGCAUAGCAAUGAUUGGCUUAUCCCGAUUGAAGAUAUUGUGUUUUACCAAGAUACACAUCACCACUCAAAUUCAAGAACUUCGUCUAUUUUCACCCGCUCUGCUCGGUCGUUGCAAUCUGCACAACACUCCAUGGGAAGAGCUGAGCUUGACGCGCUCAUUGAAAAGGUGUUGCAGUGGCCUGGAAAAUGGAAUGGAUUUGACAUCGGAAUAAGGUUGUUAGAAAUACCGGCACUUCAAAAUUUAUCAAAACAGGUUAAACAAGAGAUGCUUAUAAUCAAACACAAAAUAUCCCAUCCCAAUAUUGUCAGGUUUUUUGGAAUGACGUCCAUAGAUCAAGAAAAAUAUGUUAUUGGAGAGUUUUGUCGUAAAGGUUCUCUUGCAGAUGUAUUACAGGACAACAAAAUUACAAUGACAUGUGAUUUUAAGCUGGCUUUAGCUCUUGACGUUUGUCAAGGAAUGCUUUUUCUGCACGCACACCACUUCGUGCAUGGAAAUCUAAGAGCAAGUGUAUGCUUUGUUGAUAAUAAAUGGACCGUUAAAGUCGGAGAUUGGGAAUUCCUUCGGCUUCUGACCUUAGAAGAUCACAAUGCAGCGCAUCUAGCACAAGAUAUUUACAAUGAUAAUUUGACAAAACAAAAUAUCACAAGCAAAGAUUUUUGGGUUGCACCAGAAAUAUUAAGAGCAAACUAUAGAUGUCAUUAUACAUACCACUCAGAUGUAUAUAGUUUUGCGAUAGUUUUACAAGAAAUAUAUUCUCAAGAGGAGCCUUACAGUGAACAUCUGGGCACAGUAGCACCAGAUGAAAUUGUUCACGGGAUAUGCGCAAGUAAUCUUAGGCCAAAAAUUCAGUUGGAUAUUCCUGUGGCUGUAAGACAAGUUAUGGAAAUAGCUUGGACUGAUAACCCCAACAGUCGACCAUCUUUCGAGCAAAUGCUUAAACUUUUGAAAAGAAACAAUCCUCUGAGAAAAUCUGUCAUGGACAGCGUUAUUCAGUCUAUGGAAGAUUACACUCAACAUUUAGAAGAAGUUGUGGAAGACAAAACAACUGAGCUCGAAAACUCUAAACUACAAUUGAACACUGUUAUGUCAAGCAUUAUCCCAAGUCAUAUUAUUAAUGCAAUAACACACGGACGAUCACUUGAUCAGAGAGACAUGAAAACACUUGGCGUUGUUAGUCUAGAGAUAAUGAAUAGGGAUGAAGAGUACAAAGAUAUGAAUUCAGCGGAAAAACUAAGAAAACUCAAUAAUGUUUGUUCAUACAUAGAUCUUCUUGUGGAAAAAUAUUCGGCAUUUCGAUACAGCUCAACAGGGACCUCAUUUACGAUUGUAGUUGGAGUAGGCGAUGAUCAGGCAAAUGAAAAUGAGAUUGCAAAAAGAACCGCCCAUAUGUGUGUUGACUUUCUGUCCAAGGAGCAUUUAGAGGAUUCGAGAUGCACCAUUGAUGAUCUUCGUGCUCUUCAGCUCAGUGUCGGGGCUCACGUUGGAUCUACGUCCUUGGGUAUAAUAGAAACUGACACACCUCAGUUUGUUUUACUCAGCGAUUUGCCCGAAAUCGUUCGCAGUCUUUCAAGGUCGUGCGAUUCAACCAAAAUUCACAUUACAAGAGAAAUGGGCAACAUGAUAAUUGGAUUCAAGAAUUUCUUCAUUGAACGGUCAGGAUUAUUAAUUGUUAAGGGCAUCGAAUACGAGACUUGUUGGCUUGCAGGGCGCACAACCAAGUUCUCACUAGGUCUACCACCGAAAAGGGAAAAAAGACCGUUUUCAUCAAACAGUAAUCUCUCAGUACCCGCAAAUGACAAAUCUCCCGUGAGUACACCACCAAUGGACAAAGUGAAAAUGGUCAGCGAAACCCGUCAACUAGAAAAUGGAAAUGCAAAAAUAAGUAAUGGCAAGCCCAAGUUUGCAAAUGAUACUCAAAUCAUUGAAAAUGGGACGCAUAAAGUGAUCAGCAAUAAACCAAAAACCAUGCACCCUAAAAGAAGGGUGACAAAACAACGAAGCGAUGCACUCCCCGAUGUGAUAGAAGAUUCUGUGGAUGUACAGGAUAGCCAAUCAAUGUAAUUAUAAAGACGUUAAAAUGAAUCAUCAUUCAUACCUUUCGGUUUAUUAUUCAUAUUACGUUUAUUUUAUUACCAUUAUGAUGAUUACCAAUUCGUAUGAAUUCCAAACUUUACAAUAAUGUUUGUUUUGCAUUUGAAUAAUUCAUUCGAGUACAAUUGCAUGUCGUUAAAUUUGUCUUUAAUAAUCUCUGGAAUCCAUUUGAUUUAUAUAGUUACAUACUAGUUGUGAAUAUAUGGCUGUGAUAUCCCCUGAAGUACAUGUACUUGAUUUCAUUAACCCUAUCCCAUGAAAAACUGAAUAGAACAAGUAUCUCAUUAAUCUAUUAAUAUAAAGGGAGUAUUUGAUUUUACGCAUUUUAAUUAUGCUGCUGGAUAAACAUGUAAAGCGAUAUUUGACUCAAAUAUGAAUUUUUUUUGUUAUAGUUAUAUGGGUAUGUAUUGUUUAUACUGAGUGUUAUAGGCAUACCUGUUCUAUAUAACCAAUGCUAUGUGUUGGAGUAGGAGUAGGUAUUAUAGUUUCUUGUACGGAGUUGUUAAGGUUUUAAAGUAUGUGUCCUAGACCAAAAUACUUGUUAGUUUUUAUGUUAUGUUAACAAUGUACUGAACAACGAACCAGUGGAAAACGAGAAAUCUUCAUGUGUUCAUCAUCGAAACAUCAUUAAAGUUAUCACUUUUUUAAAAAUCUCGUUUGAGUAAUCAAUCUGCAAAAUAAGUUUUUAAUAUUUUUAAAGCUAGUUUUAAAGCAUAUUUAUGAUAAUAACAAUCUAAGAAAGAUUUCAUCAUCCUGUUUAAAGUAAAUUGAUUACAUUAAGAUGAAUACUGCACAAUUCAGUCACAGAUCAACGUUGCGAGAGUAAACAUGAUUUUUAAGGUAAAAAGUACAUGUAUAAUGUCAUGAAAUCGGUAAUUUUUUAAAAAAUACUUAUUGAAUUUCAUAAAAUGCUAACUAACCACUCUUAAGAAUCAGAGGGGUUUAAACGAUAUAAUUUUAAACAAUCCAAAUUAAUAUUGUAAAUCAAUUAUAGGUCGGUUUAUCUUUUAAAAAAUUGUAAUAAUAUAUGUUAAUUUAUGGCAGUAGUUGACGUAUUAAUUACAAUCAAUGUGUAUUCAUCUAAUAUUACCGAUUUUCUAUUAAUAGAGUUUGACUAUGAUAUUUUAGAUUAUCUAAACUUCAAUAUAGUUUCUGUACCUAGUCAAAACGACAAUAUCACGGUUUUUAUGGUGUUAAUUUUGUGAAAACAAAGAAGUAUUAAUUUUUUUUAAUCUAUUUUGUUAAACAUUGCGUCCUUUUUGAGGAAUAAACAAGCAGAAAUCGUUAUCAGCGAUACGUCAUCACUGGUUGUUGCAUAUGACGUAUGUUUGAUAAUUUUACACAAGAGGUUGUUCACUUGACUCCUAAUGUAAUGCAAUAAAAAUUUUAAGAAGAUCUUGAAUCUUUCAUUUAUAAUACUUAGAACUCAGUUAAGGAGGCUUGGUAAUCAACAAAUUAACCAUCAGAUCUACCUUAAUCUUCUCUAGAAAUAAUUUGGGAAGCUAUAAACCAUCGUUAAGUAAAAAAAAAAUCCAUAUAUUUUAGCUUUCAAAAUUUGAUUAAUUUGCUAUAUCCUACUUGAGAGCUCUUCUAUUAAGAUUAAUAUACUCUUAAAUGGCUACAUGUAUGACCAUCCGGCUCUCCACAAAAUGAAAGAAAACCGUGAUAUAAGACUUCUUUGUGUAGACGUUUCAAAUAAUUUAGGUUUUUCUUGCAAAUGCUGUAAGCGCACGAUCGACGGAAUUCUCAAUUGUUUUACUGUCUUGUCUUCUUUAUUUUACAUACAUGUAUUUGUUAUUCAUAUUGAUAGGUAUGUUAAUAAUCAGAACAAUAGCAGGAAAGCUUGUACAUGUAUUACUAUUUGUGUAAACCUCUUGUUUAAAUUGUUCUGUAAAAUAAAAUGUUUUUCAAUGAA